AUGAAAAACCAUUAUGAUUUUGCGACUUCAUCUAAAUAAGCAGAGGCAGUUGUUGUUGAUACUAUAUCCUUCAAAGUAAUUAAAGUUGUUAAUUUUAAUAGUUUCAUGAAUUCGAUAGCUGUGUUGUUAAAAUAUUGUUAUAAAAGUUACAUUAGAGUUUAUCAAAUAGGAUUCAAAUAAUUCCCAUCUGA